AUGAUUGUGACGGGGAGGCGCGGGGAGGGGCGGGCGCCGCGCGGCCUGCGCGGGGCCUGUGUGCCCAGCGCCCGGAGGAUGGACAGCAGGUGCAGGCUGGGGCUCUGGCGGCUGCCCCUGCUCGCGGCCGCCUGGGCCGGGCUCCUCGUCUGCCGGUACUAUGCGGUGCGGGAGCCGGACCCGGGGCCAAGGAGGCACGGGGCCUGCCGCCGGCCCCCGGCCCUGGCCCUGCGGCGGCUCCCGCACUCCCGGCAGCUCUUCUCUCUCUCCACUCCGGUGCUGCUGUGGGACGGUCUCUUCACCCAGGAGCUCUGGGACAGCCUGAGCCAGCGCAAAGCUCCUUAUGGCUGGCAAGGUCUCCCCCACCAAGCCAUCGCCUCCGCCCUGCGCCUUCUGAACAGCCCGGAGAGUGCGGAGCUGUUCCCCGCCUCCGGGAAGCCGCGUCCAUCCUGCGUUCGGUGCGCGGUGGUGGGCAACGGAGGGAUUCUGAAUGGCUCCCGCCAGGGCUGGCUCAUCGACGCCCACGACUACGUCUUCAGACUCAAUGGUGCUGUGAUCAAAGGCUUCGAGGAUGACGUGGGCACCAAGACCUCCUUCUACGGUUUCACUGUGAACACCAUGAAGAACUCCCUCAUCAACUACGGGCACCUGGGCUUCACCUCCGUGCCACAGGGACGAGACCUGCGCUAUAUCUUCAUCCCUGCAGACAUCCGAGACUACGUGAUGCUGCGAUCGGCCAUUCUGGGUGUGCCUGUUCCUGAGGGUCUUGACAAAGGGGACAAGCCUCAGACCUAUUUUGGACCAGAUGCCCCUGCAGGUAUAUUCAAGCUACUACAUCCAAACUUCAUCCGCUAUCUGAGAGAGAGGUUUUUGAGGUCGAGCUUGAUUGACACAGAAGGUAAAGAUGUAUACAUGCCGAGCACUGGGGCCCUCCUCCUGCUGACAGCUGUGCAUACCUGUGACCAGGUUAGUGCCUAUGGAUUUAUCACAAGAAACUACCGGAAAUUUUCUGACCACUAUUUUGAACUACGAAAGAAGCCACUGAAAUUUUACGCAAACCAUGAUCUGCUGCUUGAGGCCGCUCUGUGGGAGGACUUGCACAAGGCUGGCAUCAUUCAGCUGUAUCAGCGCUGA